CUUCAUCAUCCAUGUUGAUCCCAUGCGAUUCCUCUGUAGAGUCUGAGCGUGCAGUAGACAAGGCUACUCUGCAUGAAGAUGUAGAUAAGAUUAAGCAUGAGGUUGUAUUUGUUGUAUAGAAGGAUCAAGAAACAUUAAAGGUACGUACAGGUAGCAGUAAGAUUAAUGAGCUAGGUAUUAUUAUGGCACCAAAUGACUGGAAUUUAUUUGUUUUGUUUUUUUUUUUCAAUAAGGCUGAAAUUCGCCGUCAGGUGGAUGAAGAGGUCAGCGCUGCACACAAGAGCGCCAUGGAUCUUCUUAUUGAAGAGCAGGAGCGCAAGUGGCAAGCAGAGAUACAAGGUAUCCGUAGCGACCAUGAGAAGGCACUGACGCAACUCGAAGCCAAUCAUGCCAAGCAACUGGCUGAUGCUGAGCAUGCUUUUCAACAAAAACUUCAGACUGCAGGUGAAGAGAAAGAACAUGCAGUGCAAGAACUGCAGACGCGCAUGGCCGAUAUGGAGAAAAUACUCGACGACUCUCGAACUGUUAGUAACUUGCGUCGUCUCGAACGACAGCUCAGCGAGAAUCGAGCAGCCUUUGACGAAUACAAACGCCAAGCAGCCCAGGCGACCGAGAUUCUUGAACGUCGUUUCCGAGAUGAAAUGCAGCAAUUACAAAGCGGCAGCGACGAUACUGCGGAGGUUUGGUUGGGCAAGAACCGAGCUGCACAACAAGAAAUUGAUCGUUUGCAAGCUGCAUCCAUUGAACUGGAGCAGACGCACGCAGCCAAAUUACAAGACACCAAAGACGAUUACGAAGAACAAGUGAAUGAUUGGAAGACCAAGUGUGAAUCACAAGAGAGCGAGUUGGAUAGCCAGGCGCAUCAAAUUGAAUCCUUGUUGACACAGAUUGAUGACUUGCAAAAUUCACUUGAAGCAGCGACGAAGCGAUUGGAGCGCAAUACUACCAAGAAACAACAACAGCAACAGCAAUUGAUGGAGCCGUCUGUAUCAGACGAGAUGACAGUGCAUCGAUUGUGUGAAGAAAAGUUGCAAGCUCAAAAGCAAGAGGUGGAGGAACUGCAUCGCAGAGUUUCGGAUUUGAAGCAGUCGCAUGAGACCCAGCUGAAUCGUUUGGGCCAUGAAAAGGCACGCGAGCUCCAGGAGUUGCGCAAGGAAAUGCAAGCUGUGCAGGAUCUGUUGGAGACGACAAAGACAGCUAGUGACGAGCGACUUUCGGCGAUUGCGCAGCAGCAUAAAAAGGAGAUCCACGUUAUGCAUGAACAAUAUCAGAAGUUGGUGGAGUUCAAGGACCGAGAGCUCGAAGAUUACUCGUAUCGCGUCAAGGCGCUAGCGGCUGCCAAACAAAAGGAGAUGGACCGAGUUCGAGAGGAAACCAAUGAAAAGAUUGGCGAGAUAGAAGGCCAGAUAGAAGGCUAUGAGGUGAGUUUUCUUCUUUCUACAUCUAUUUCUCAACUACUACCUUUUCUUUUUGGGGAGAGCUGGAAAGAGACCCAAGGGAGUGAGCCCGGUUUUUUCAUUUGUAUCUCAUUUUCUGCUUCCUUUCCCAUUUCUUCUUUUGUGCUUGACUUACUGGGGGGGUUUCUCUAGUACUAUACAAUGAUGAUCUGAUCUCAUAUUACUGUUAUUUUCUUUAUCUAUAAUCCAAUAUACCCCCCCCUCCAAUGCAUCAUCCAUCAUCUUUUGCAUCCUACACCAUCAUCAUCAUCAUGCACUACCACUACCAUUCAAUAGACACGUAUCCAUCAAUUUGAGCGACA